CAAGUCUAGAGCCGAAACAAAAGCAGUGCAACAAUGGCAGCAGCAGCAGCAGCAUCCACCACCGCAGUGCUGCCGCUGCAUUUCCGGCCGCACCGCCGCAAGGACCACCCUUCUCUACUACUUACUCCUCUUUUCUUCACCAAGUCCCCUACAUACCCUUUACUUGUUUUUCCUUCUCCUUCUUCCAAGACUCGCCGCCAUCUCACUCUCUCUCCAGUAGUCUCUGCUUCUCUUAUGGAAACAGUGAAUGGAGUGAGAAAAUCUUGGAGUGGUUUAACUAGCUUGAAUAAUUGGGUUGUAAAAGAUUAUUACAGGCUUGUCAAUUCUGUUAAUUCCUUUGAGCCCCUUAUUCAGAAUCUUUCUGAUGAGCAGUUGAGUGCAAAAACUGUGGAGUUUCGUCGCCGUUUGAGAGAAGGAGAGACACUAGCUCAUAUUCAAGCUGAGGCAUUUGCAGUUGUUCGUGAGGCUGCAAAAAGGAAGCUGGGAAUGCGCCAUUUCGAUGUUCAGAUUAUUGGAGGAGCAGUGCUCCAUGAUGGGGCUAUCGCAGAGAUGAAGACUGGUGAAGGGAAAACCUUGGUGUCCACGUUGGCUGCAUAUCUUAAUGCCUUAACCGGAGAGGGUGUUCAUGUCGUAACAGUGAAUGAUUACUUAGCUCAACGUGAUGCUGAGUGGAUGGGACGUGUUCACCGUUUUCUAGGUCUUUCUGUUGGCCUUAUCCAAAGAGGGAUGAAGAGCAAGGAAAGGAAAUCUAACUACAGAUGUGAUAUAACAUACACGAAUAAUUCAGAACUUGGUUUUGACUAUCUUCGAGAUAAUCUUGCCACUAGCCAUGAGCAACUUGUGAUGAGAUGGCCAAAGCCCUUCCAUUUUGCUAUAGUUGAUGAAGUUGAUUCAGUCCUCAUCGAUGAAGGAAGAAAUCCAUUGUUGAUAAGUGGUGAGGCUAAUAAAGACGCUGCUCGUUACCCUGUUGCUGCUAGAGUAGCUGAGCUGCUUAUUAAGGGUCUUCAUUAUAGCAUAGAGCUUAAGGAUAAUUCUGUGGAGUUAACUGAGGAGGGAAUUGCACUUGCUGAGAUGGCCCUAGAAACUAGUGACUUAUGGGAUGAGAAUGAUCCAUGGGCCAGAUUCGUAAUUAACGGUUUAAAAGCCAAGGAGUUUUACAAGCGUGAUGUCCAAUACAUUGUUAGAAAUGGGAAGGCUCUUAUAAUCAAUGAGUUGACUGGAAGAGUGGAAGAGAAAAGGCGAUGGUCUGAGGGAAUCCAUCAGGCCGUGGAGGCUAAAGAAGGCCUUAAAAUCCAGGCUGAUUCUGUUGUCGUGGCACAAAUUACAUAUCAGUCGCUAUUUAAGCUUUAUCCAAGGCUCUCAGGGAUGACUGGGACUGCAAAAACUGAGGAAAAAGAGUUCUUGAAGAUGUUUCAAAUUCCAGUAAUUGAAGUACCCACAAAUUUGCCUAACAUUCGUAAAGAUUUACCAAUUCAAGCUUUUGCAACUGCACGAGGAAAAUGGGAGUAUGUUCGUGAAGAAGUUGAGUUUAUGUUCCGUUUGGGUCGUCCGGUUUUAGUGGGGACCACAAGGUGCUUCCAUGAAUGUUUUUGGUUUGAUUUACUGCUUUAAAGUUAUGAAAAUGUU